UUGUUGACAGUGACGUAAGCUGCGGGCGCUUCUUCCACUUGACCGCGAUCUGCUAGUCUCGAGGGGCGCAAUCGGUUUGCGUUGUUUUAACAUCUUUGGACAAAGUCUUGCACUCCUGACAUUUGAAAUAUGAUUUCAGAAUCCUCGCCGUUGCUACAGGAACCAUUACUAAUAGGAAGAGAUGAUUCUGACGAUGUCUUAGAAAAGAGACGGAUCUCAAGCGACCUGAGGUUUGCCCUGAAGACUUACUCACCAGUGAUCUAUAAAUCAGCUUCACCUUGCACAUCAAGCAUGCUGAAAUCUAUUGUGCUGGGCUCUAACCACAUGAACCAUGUUAUAUGUCAGCUGUCAGAUGAAUGGGGAGAGCCAGCAGAGACCUUUCGGAAAAAGGCCACAAUGAUUCUGGAGGAGAUGGCUGACAACCUUCAUCUUAGUGCCAUUAGAUUAUUGGCGUUUAUACUGAGCAAAGUUUUCAAAAGAGUCUUCCGGAGAAUAAGAGUUAAUACAGAAGGCAUUGAAAGGUUAAAAAAGGCACUGAGUGAUAACCCUGUGGUCCUUCUUCCCAAUCACCGCAGUUAUAUGGACUUUCUCAUCUUGUCAUUUGUCUUCUACACAUAUGACUUAAAUAUACCAGUAAUUGCAGCAAGAGGUCUUCUGGAAAUAAAAAUACUAAGUACAAUCUUACGACGGUCUGGUGCAUUCUACAUUCGGCGUGAAAUUGGAACCAACAAGCUAUACUGGGCAGUGCUAUCAGAAUAUGUGAAAACAAUGUUGCGGAUGGGAUAUGCACCAAUUGAGUUCUACGUAGAAGGGGCGAGAAGCCGCAGUUUUAAAUCACUUUUGCCUAAAUUAGGACUUCUCAACAUUGUAACAGAUGCUUUCUUAAAGAAAGAAGUUGCUGAUGUCACAUUAGUUCCGAUCAGCAUCACCUAUGAAAGACCGGUAGAUGAAACCUUGCAUGCGCAUGACCUUUUGGGACUUCCAAAAAUUAAAGAGAGUAUGUGGGCUCUUUUUAAAGCAAGAAAAAUACUUGGACAAGAUUUUGGCACAUCCUCCAUCCAUCUUGGUGAACCAGUUUCCCUCAAGGCUUUGGUUCAAGGAGAUGUAAAUCUUAGUCAAUAUAAUUUAGAUCACAGGCAUAUCCCACAUAGACCUAGUCAGGAAAUCAAAGCCUUUCUUCAUCAUACAGGAUGCCGAAUGAUACAUCUCCAGGAAGAAAACAUGGUCAUUAGCCCUUUUGUACUAGUUGCCACCAUCCUGAUGCAGAACUUAUCUGGUAUUGAGUUACAAUAUCUGAUACAGCAGACACUCAGGCUGCGAUAUUAUGUACUGUCCUGCGGGGUCUGCAUUGACUGGCCUGAUCACAUGUCUCCAGAAGCAGUGGUAGUCAGCAGCAUUUCUUUACAUCGCAACAUUGUCAAAAUUGAUAAUGGAAAAACUAUGCUGGUUCAGGAGCAGCAGGCUGAUAGCAGCACUGAUAAACAUCUGAUGCAGUAUGCUGUCACUGUGCUCACAUGCAGUAUGUACAGGAACCAAAUUCUUCAUAUCUUUGUUCGUCCAGCUUUGGCAGCAAUGGCUUUAAGUUUUACAAACAAGACUCAAAAAGAAGAGAUUUUCAUCUGCUAUAGUUUUCUGCAAGAUCUUUUUUCCAGUGAAUUUGUCUUUCUACCAGGAAAUGCCAAGCAGGAUUUUGAAGAAGCAUGCCAUCGCCUCAGUGAGUGGGGUGCUGUUCAAAUAUCAAAGCAGAACAUUGAGCUGACAGAAACAGGUCCCCUUGUUAUCUUCUUUAUACUUUCUAUAUUUCAGCCUUUCUUGGAGGGUUAUCAGGUGGUGUGUAGGUACCUGAUUGAGGAGGCCGGUGAUAAUGUUGAUGAGAAGCAGUACUUUUCUGAAGUUCAUAAUUAUGCUGUUAGCCUUCUUUCAUCAGGAAGACUUCAGUCGUAUGACCUCCUUUCCAGAGAGCUACAUAAAAAUGUCCUGGCAGCGCUGUUGCAUCUGAAUGCUUUAAGGAAGAUUAUGAUAGACAACCAAAAAGCUUUUCAAAUACAUAAAGCGAUGAUUAUGGACAUUGAAAAAAAGUUGGAUAACUAUGUUUAUAUUUUACGCAAAGAUAAAAAAAUAUUUUAACAUAUUAGUUUUUCUUGAUUAAUACAGUUAUAGUAUUUUUUCUUGAAAUAUUACUUUUUACACCUUCUAUUUAAAAUAUAGUCUGUAUAAAAUAUAAAGCCAUUUGUGCACAGACAAAAUUCAAGGACUCAGUUAUGAUUGAUCAACCAUCUGCUCAUGCAGUGACAGUAAAUGGUUUACUUUCAGUAUGUUGUAAUGCACUUAUGUUGUUACUGUGAAUCGUGUUGCUGUAUGCUUUGUAAAACUUUGUAUUCU